UGUGGCCACCACUAUUCCCCGAAGUACAAAAAAAGAAUUUAAUUUAUUACAAUAGGUUAGUCUCUUACAGACUGAUGAUUAACAUCUUGUAUAUAUUUUGUUUUAUUUAUUAAUUUAUCUGUAAAAAACGAUCUCUAUUCAACAAUAAACUAUUUUUAUUCAUAGUUUGACACAAUCUACAGAUUUUUAUAACCUCAAAAAUAUUCAAAAUGAAAAAUAUAAUUUUGCAAGGAUUACCAGGUAUUGGUAAAACCACUCUCACGAAAAAAAUUGCCAACAAAUUAAAAGAAAUGGCAAUUGAUAUAACAGGUUUUUAUACAGAGGAAUUAAGAGAAAACAAUUAUAGAAUUGGUUUUGAUGUUGUAACGCUUGACAAUAAACGAGGAAUCUUAGCUAGAAAAAGUAAUGCAGAAGACAAUUCUAAGUAUAAAGUGGGAAAUUACUCUGUUCACAUUGAAGAAUUUGAAAAAAUGGUUUUACCGAUAUUUGAAAAUGUCAAAUCGAUUAUUAUCAUAGAUGAAAUUGGAAAAAUGGAAUUGUUUAGUAAAAAAUUUCAAGCAAACAUUGAGAGAGUGAUCACUGACGACAAUAUUAGAAUUGUUGCAACAGUCCCUUUAAAAGCAACCCUGCCACUGAUUCAAAAAAUUAAGAACAAUAAUUCAAGUCAUUUAAUUACCGUAAACGCAGGAAAUCGGGAUAAGUUACUUGAUGAAAUUAUACCACUUAUUACAAAAUAAAUUCAUUGAUUAAAUUUGUAA